UGACCCUGCAGAACCCAGUUACACUAAAGCUGGGCUUCGUGUAGAGUUGAAUAGAUUUAGUAUAGAAUUUGUGUUGAGUAAUUAUAGAGUUAUUAUAGAGUUUGUGGAUCUGCUGAAGCUGCUGAAGCUCUGAGAGAUGAUGGGGGUGAAGCAGGAGAGAGCAGAGGACUGGCCUUCAUUCUACCAGCAGCAGGUUUACUGCGGAACAGAAAGCGUCCGAUUAAGCACCGGACCCUACUCCCCUCCAGAGCAUCACUACCAAAUCUUCGGACCACAGAGAGACCCCGUGACAGGAGGCGACCCUUCGAGACUUGAUGUACAUUCAGGUACAUCCAGUGUCCUGUCUCAACAUCCUCAACAGAGAUGUCCAGAGCAAGACCACAGCGCUCCAGAGUUUCCCGAUCUGAAAUCUGUGUACCGACGAACCUUCAGCCACUCAAAACCUCCGUACUCCUACAUCUCGCUGAUUUACAUGGCCAUCCAGCAGUCGCCCACCAAGAAGCUCACCCUGAACGAGAUCUACGACUGGAUCCGCCAGCUCUUCCCCUACUACCGGCAGAACCAGCAGCGGUGGCAGAACUCCAUCCGCCACUCGCUGUCCUUCAACGACUGCUUUAUUCGAGUUCCUAGAUCGCCGGAGUCUCCAGGGAAAGGUUCCUUCUGGACCCUCCAUCCGGAUUCAGGGAACAUGUUCGAGAACGGAUGCUACAUGCGUCGGCAGAAGCGAUUCCGUUGCGCAGGAGAUACGUCGCCAUCUGGAACCAAGACUUCGUCCAAGAAGGUUGAAGGGGAGGCGGUGAAGGAGGAGGGCAAGAAACAGAAGAAGCCAGGAGUUAAGUCGCCUAUCGCUUCGUCAAUCAAUCCAUCUUCCAUCUCUUCGUCCAUUGCUUCGUCCAUCCCUUCACCAAUGACCUCAACCAUCGCCUCUCCAACACCGGCGCAGCUUCCCAGCCCAGCAGCUGCCCAACAACCUCAACCACAACCACCACCAGCGAUGAACUGCCCUCCAAUGGACUGCCCCCCAAUGCCAAAGUCACCCUCCAGCUCCUCGCCUCUACAGCAGCCUUCCAUCCACACACUGACCCCCUACCCACCUCCAAUUACAGACCCCUCAACCACACAUCUGCCCACCAUCCCAUUCCCCACCAUGACCACUGCCAGCUCCCGUCCAAUGGAAGCCUCCAGCCAUGGAGAGCCCUACCUUCACCAACCACUAACCAUGCAACCACUCAUGGACUUCCAGUGCUACGAACCUCAUAUGAACCCUAUGAGUUACCCAGUUUACUACCCGUCCUCAAACUCCAACAUCCACCACUACAACCCGUACCUCACCAGCAGGGAGGAACCCUCGUACUCAGGAGACUCAAUGUACUACUCUGGACUCAGUAUGUGUUCUGUUCCGGUUCUAAGUUCCUCCUGAAGCACUGCUUUGUAGACUUUUUCCAAGUAAACGUGACUGAAAAGGUUGUUGAGAAGCAAACCAAUGAAAUUAAGAACAUUUUGCUUCUAAAAGCUUUUAAAAAAUCCUUUAUACAAUACAAAGGUUCUGGGAAAUAUGUUAUAUUAUGUGUAGGUUCUUUACAUAAUUUUUAAAAAAUAAAAUGUAUAAAGAGUGUGAAGAUGAGUAAAGAAGUUAAAGAACCUUCACGUAAGGUAAAAAAGAAAGAAAGAACCAUUCUAAAGGAAACCAUUUAAAGGUUUGUCCGUGCCCAGAACCUUGUAAGAUGAUCCCAACUGUACAUUUAUCUCAGCUUGAUCUCAACUUGUUUAACAUGCUUAUAUUUGCUGUAAAUAUUUUUGAAAAUGUUAGAUAAUAAACUCGUCCUCAAAAACUAAAA